AUGAACACAGACCCCACCAAUAAUUCAGAUAUGGAAUUUGACUCUGAUCUCGAAGAUACCCGUCCACCCAGUGUUUUUGACACUAAUAAGCACCAAUCGUCAGAUAUAGAAACAGAUCUUACGAGCCAGUCAGGUGCUGAGUCUGAGUCCGAAUCGUAUAUUUGCAACUUAUCUCCAGACUACUUUCUUCAGAUUGAAGAUGAAUCCGAUGACGAUGACGCAGAUCAAACAGCUUUCUCUGCAGCUACACUUAAACAGCUCGAUGGAAUCGAGCGGCGAUGGGAGGCCUAUUGCAAUUUCACAAAUCGAAAUCCUAAGGAUUGUCUCCAGAACCUGGAUUAUCAGAAAACCAAAGGGUUCUUUACCUGGAUUUGCAUCCAGAAGACAGGUGUAGGUGGCAGAAGACUUCGGGGUUUGAAAUCAGCCUCCUCCCUUAAGCAAUACUGGAAAUUCUUUCGGGAAGUCUACUGGAGGGAAACAAAGAAGAGGAUUGAUGAUGUCUUGAAACGAAAGAUGUCUAAUUUUCUCUACAAGCUAACUCAGAAGCAUGCGCUAACCGCCCAACGGCGUGAGAAUCGGUGCAUGACGAUUGAGAACCUGGAGAAGCAGGCUAAGACUACAAUCAGCACAACUAAAAAGAGAUUCCGAAUCGGCGAGCAUCGCAUAUAUGCGUUACUCUUCCUCCUUCUCAUUGCGCCAAGUGGCUCUAGGCCACAGGCCCUGCUCUUAUUGCGCUAUGGAGACCUUGAGCUCUCUCUAGCACGAGAUCCCGAAGGCGGCCCACACCGUAUUCUCAUUCGCUUCAAGCUCUGUUUUACUAAGACCUUCCUCGGGGAGAAAGAAAUCCUGCGAUAUAGUAACACUUUAACCCUGCCUGAGACCAUCUUUGAUUCAAGCCUCCUUCUUAGCCCCCACACUCUUCUCCUUGGGCUCAUCUUUCGUCACAAAGCUUUUGAAGCGCCUACUCUCACGUCUCCUGAGCAUUUAAGCAAACUCGAUAUCCAUCCUGAUGAAGAUGAGCUGCCUCUGCCACUAAAGAAGUGUAUGGAUGAGACCUUCGUCUUCCGGGAUACCGAUAAAACCGCUGUCAAGGGCUUCAUAUUAUCUUCAAACAAACAGAUCACAUAUGGAAUGAUAUCUAAAUGGACAAAGGAUAUAGGGGUAUUUGCUGGAUUUAUAUUUACAGUUAUCCUGUACACUCUACGAUAUAACUCAGCAAACGAGUUUGAUAAUAGUCCUAAUAUCAGUGACGGACUUCGAAAUCUUUUGCUCCAGCAUGCAAACUCAAAUACCUUCAGAAAGCAUUACCUUGGCCGCGUUGUUUCGGUUGACACUAUGGCUGUUGUGAGGCGCACAAAGCAACAGAACGCCCUGAUGCGUCAGGCCUGCAGCAUCGGAUACUCGGCUAGCACACGCCGACCUACACACCUCACUGCUGAACAGUCUGCUGCAGUGGAUGGCGACUCUGAGAUUCAGAAGCUUCUGCACCAACGACAAGAGCUUCGCAAAGUAGCCAAGGGAUCUCCCAAGGCUCGUAAAAAGAUAGAAGGCAUCACCAAAGCUCUACAGAGUUUAAGAGUGAAGCUACGACGAGAACUCAAGCAGCAGUAUCGACAAGGUUGGUCGCGGAAACAGGCCGUGGUUGAUAUCGAGCGGCAACUGGCGGGACAGACGUUCGAAAAAUCACCAGAGUCACUAUCAGAUGAAAGUUCCUACUCUGCUCAGGAACAACACCCUGCCCAGAAACGUCUAUUCGAAGCUCUAACAGCCCCCGUGGCUGACACACUCGAGGGCGAGUACCAGCGCCGAAAUAAUGCAGUUCUGGCCGUCAUGGCCUACUGUCCGAAAUCAAGCGAUGGUUAA